CCGGCUCCUCCCCUUCGGUCUUGCACAGGUGUACCGGCUCCUCCCCUUCAGUCUUGCACAAGUGUACCGGCUCCUCCCCUUCAGUCUUGCACAGGUGUACCAGCUCCUCCCCUUCAGUCUUGCACAGGUGUACCAGCUCCUCCCCUUCAGUCUUGCACAGGUGUACCGGCUCCUCCCCUUCAGUCUUGCACAGGUGUACCGGCUCCUCCCCUUCAGUCUUGCACAAGUGUACCGGCUCCUCCCCUUCAGUCUUGCACAGGUGUACCAGCUCCUCCCCUUCAGUCUUGCACAGGUGUA